GGAAACAUUGGGGAAACGAAAUUUCGCCUGUUCUACCCGUUUAAGGGUUAAUGGUUGAUUUUGAUCUCAUACUUUAAUAGCUUAUAAUGAGUUGUUUUCGUAAGCGCUUUGGUAACCUAGUCGCGAAUUGAAAUUGUUGCAGGAAGAAGUUUUACUUUCGUUUCCCAGAAAAGUACAGUAUGGGCGUUACAGUUUGUACUUAAUCUGCUCUGUCGGUCUCUGCUGUUUCUCAUUCGACUUCCUCGUUCUGUUCGCUUCUACUUCAUUACGAGCUUGUUUAAAGCAUUAAAGAGAUCUGGCAUGUCUCUGACAUAUUGGGCAAUGGGAAACACACACAACUCAAAUUAUUAUUAUAACGAGGAAUAUGACUCGACAUGGGAAAGAGAAGAAGGAAGUGACCAUGAAGAGACUACAGAGGUUUUUAGGCCAUUCAAAGCCACGUAUGCUGCAAAAGACAUGCAAACCUUUAGACACAAGUAUCGGAAAACCCUGCCUCCUGACUAUAACGAUGACUAUAAAGAUGAGGAAUAUCUGGAGGAUGACGAAGUGCUACCGAAUCUGAACUUUUACAGAAAUAACAUUCCUUUCGAGCCUCAGGGUGUGUUUAUUGACUAUUUUCACAAUGAGUGGGUUGGUGACUAUGACAAACUGGAAUAUGUGCACUCCUACAUUCAAUGGCUGUUUCCAAUUCAGGAGAAGGGAAUGAACUUUGAAUCACGUGAACUUAGCCUGAGAGAAAUCCAGGAGUUCCGUAAAGAUGAGGAGGUGAAGAGAAGAUUGUUGACAUCUUACAAGCUCAUGUUGGACUUCUAUGGAAUAAAACUUGUUGAUGAGGAAACUGGAGAUGUGGAACGUGCAUUUAACUGGGAAGAGAGAUUUAAAAACCUAAAUAGAAACCCUCACAACAAUCUUCGCAUUACCCGCAUUUUGAAGUGCCUGGCAUUAUUGGGGUUUCCACGCUAUCAAAAACCACUGGUUCGCUUCUUCCUUGAGGAGACUUUGGUGAGGGAAACACUUCCACGAGUGAAACAAAGUGUUUUGGACUACUUUAUGUUCGCAGUUGUGGACAAGACUGAACGACAAGAGCUGGUCAGGUUUGCCUUUGAUCAUUUCAAGCAAAAAAAUGAAUUUGAGUGGUGUCCUAGAAGGAUUUGUAAUAAAUGGUUGAAGGAACUGGAGAAAGGGACAGAGAGCCAGAAUCUAAAUGCUGAUUCCACUAAAGAGGUGUCAAGUGAUUUAACUUUUCAAAAUGAUGAGACGAAAAAGGAAGAUGAAAACAAAACAGACACUAAUGAAGACACAAGUAAUGGAAAAUAUGUUGACAGCAAAGGCAAAAAUGAUGAAAAUGUAUCAGGUGAGAGUCAAGAUCCUAAAGAAAAAGCUUCACCACUCUCUGCAGCAGGAAAUGCAAAUAAAAGUGAAACUAAUGAAGAAUUUGAAGCUCCAUCAUCAGUUGAUUCUGACGGUCACACAAAUUCAGAAGAUCAAGCUGCAAUCCAGGAGGGUGAUGAUAAAAACUCUGACAGUAUUACAAGCAGUGAUGAAAGCCCCAGUGAAAACGCAAAAGAAACUUCCAAUCAGAGCCCCACAAUAGAGAAAUGUGCACAAGAUGCAUCUCCAUCAAGCAUAAACUCAGGGAUUACGCAGAAAUAUGAUGGAACCCACGAAGAUGAAUCUAAGCCAUGCAAUUUAAAAUCACAGCAUACUGAAAGUGAUUCCAAAGAACACGAAUCAGGAGAAAUGAAGAAGAGUGGUAGUGCAUCACCAGGAGACUGUGUGGCAAAUUCUGCACACUCUGAUGAAGAAAAAUCAACAGAUAUGAAUAGUCAGAAAUAUACUGGGUCUGUUGAAGAGGCCAAAGUGCCAAGUAGCGCCUUAGGACAAACCUCUGAUAAAGACUCAUCAAAUAGUGAAAGUAUAGACACACAUGGAUCAGACAGAAACAUAAAUUGUGAAAGUGGGGAAAUUUCAGAAGAAGAUCAGGCUAAAUCUGGUCCCACACAUCAACCUCCAACCACUUUGAAAUCACCUAUAUCACAAGAAAACAUGACAAAUCCACUUAAAGGAAAUGAAGACCAAAGCCAAGGCAAUGUAAUGUUUAAUCAGCUAAAGGCCACCUCAGAAGAUCCAGUACAUCAAUCUGUUGUAGAUAUUGCUGAAGAAUCUUCUGAUGAGAAUGCUGGUAGUGCUGUCACAUCACUGAAUAAUGAAUAUUCAGAUUCCAAAGAAGUUAAGAAUAGUAAAGAAUGCAAAACUCUCAAGAAUGAUGUUAGCUCAUCUCAUGUUACUCCUGAUGAAGAUAAAGAGGCAGGAGAGAGCAGCAAAGAGGAGUCUGUUGAGGAAAUUGGGUGUGUCAAAAAUGGAGACGCGAAAAAACAUGAAUAUUUUAAUACUCAGUUAUAAAUGCUACUUUACCAGAGAUGUUUAAGUGAUUGUUAUUAGUGGGGCACAUUUAAUUAAAAUAUGUUUUAUUAAUUAAUUAAUAUAUUUCUCUCUCUUUAUUUGAUAUAAUCUUAUAUGGUGGAUCCAAAGCCUAACCCAGAAACAGGUGAUAAAAACACACUGGAUGCAAUUUAUAAAAAUUAUAUUUUUGCGCUUCAGAUUUCCACAAAUAUAUAAGGAUGUAACCUGUAAAAAAAUAAUAUGAUAAAAUUUUGUAUGGAUUUUGUUGCUGACAAAUAUUAGGUGUAAUAAAUAGUGGAUGAACUGA